CGGGAUUGAAAAGAAGGAAGAAAACGACGACGGGAAUUGAGGCAGCAGGAGCAGCAGCAGCAGCAGAGGGCGGAGGACGAGCAGCAGCAGCAGCAGCUGUGUGUGUGGGAGAGAGGGAGAGAGGGAGAGAGAGCGGAGUGGCGGGGGGAUCACGCACUUGUCAUGCUCAAUUGCGCGAACUCGCACUGCCAAAGGGGCGGAUCUGCCUUGAGACUCUGGUCGAGCAUGUGCUGAUAGUUUGCUCGACCAGUUCCGAUUCGGCUCGUGGAACAAUCCGAACAUUCACACGAGACUCCACGAGACGAUCGCCUGGGCGUUUCGCACGGUGAUAAAUGCAGGACUCCCGGUCGUAGCGGGGAUUGUCGUUCAUGUUGCAAGUGACGACGAGGUUGUACAUAUAUGGGACGCUUGGGCUCAGUUGAUCUGCACACGCCGAUUUUCCGAAAAUUGAUUGAGAACAAGUGCUCGCCCCUCUGUCUCUCACUGCUGUGACUCAUGCGGUGAAUCUUUUUUUUGGACAUUUUUCGCGGAACGCCGAGCACUAUGGCUUCCCCUUGGCAUGGACAAAUGCUGGCUACCUUACACCGUAACGUGCGAAUCAAAUAUCGGGACGCAGGACAUACGUUUCAGGAGAUUGUUCUUCCGAUAUAUAUUAUCACGCUACUGGUUGUUGUCAAACUUUUAGAACCGCAGCUGGACAUACCUGCAUCUCCUUUGGAACCAAAGGUCGAUCCCUUUUGUGUACCUGCCGAAUCUACAAAUGGAAUUGGUGGCGUAUGCUUGGACCUCCCAAGCCGCCCCUCAGAGGAAACUGUGCUUGCCUAUGUGCCUCAGGAGAAUGCAGCGGUUAGCAAAUUGGUGAUGGAAGUGACUCAGCAAUUUGGACUGCAUUUUGAGGGUCCUGCUCUGUCGCCUAAAGGUUUCGACAAUGAAGAUGAUAUGCUUGACUUUUACUAUUCACAUCCACAAAUGAUAUUUGCCGCUCUUGUGUUCGAUGACCCUAAAAUGCGAACUGAACAAGAUCUUCCGCAAGACCUUCACUACACCAUCAGGAUUAACGGUUCCUACCUCCCAUCGACGUCGAAAACUAUAGGAAACAAGGAGGACUGUCAAUUGGAUGGAUAUAUUUGUGAUGCUAAUGGCUAUCUUAAUUCAGGCUUUCUGGCGCUACAAAGUGUUGUUUCAGAAGUUUUGAGAGCAACAGCGGUGCCGGAAUGUCCUGAGAAGAAAGCGAAAACAACUUUCGUGCAGCAGCAGGCAUUGCCUGCUUAUCAUAGAUCUUUUGCUUCACUGGAGUUUCAACUCUUCACUGCCUUGUACAUGGUCUUGGCCCUCUCCCCAGUGCUGCAAACAACCCUCACUCACAUCGUCCAAGAAAAGCAAAGUUUGGUGAAGGACUGUAUGCUGCUAAUGGGAUUGAGAGAGUCUGUUUACUGGCUCUCAUGGCUCAUUACAUAUGCUCUUAUGUCCGCUGUGACUACUCUCAUUCUUGUGAUGACCGCUAAGUGGACCACACUGUUUGAAUACACCAGCAUGGGGAUGCUCUUUCUCAUAAUCUAUCCUUACACUUUGUCGCUUAUCACCAUGGCAUUUGCCUUGAGCACAGUUUUCACAAAGGUUCAGUCGGCAACGUCGUUCUCAGGGUUGCUCAUAUUGUGCUGUAGCAUUGUCAUCAUUCCCAUCGACUUGCUUCAGUGGACAACAGGAAUUUGCGCAUUCUUGUCCUUGAUGUCCCCCAUCGGACUUGCCCUAGCAGUGGAUGUGAUAGUGCGAGCGGAAGGUCGUGGACAAGGGAUAACUUUCUAUAACUUCUGGUCUACGGCAAAAGGAACCAGUCCGUUGAGCAUGGGUGCCCUCGUCUGCAUAUUUAUUGGAGAUGCGAUUAUUUAUGGAGUCAUAGCUUGGUAUUUGGACAACACAUGGCCACAUCCAGAAAGAGGUCCUAAGAGACACUGGAGAUUUUGCUUCACUGCACACUACUGGUUUCCUUCUCGGGCGGGAGCCUCAUAUAUGCUUGCACCACAAGAAAAUUCUGGCUUUGUUUCCCAGUUUCAGUUGGAUGAAGCAAGCUUCGUUGUUGGCACUCCCAGUGACGUAACUCUGGACGUUGAUCCAAGACAACCUGUCCAAGAAGAUGACCCAAACAUGGAGCCUGUAGAACCAGAACUAGCCCGCAAAGCAGCAAUAAUUUGCAAAGAAUUGAAGAAAGCUUAUCACAGUAAGAAGAAAUGGUGGCAGUUUUGGGAUAUUGAAGGAGGAAGAGGACAGGCAUCCAGACAGCAGUGGAAGCGAGAAUCAGAAGUUAUCAAAGGCCUAAAUCUAAAUCUAUACGAAGGGCAACUAUUUGCUUUUGUUGGCCACAGCAGGUCUGGGAAGUCGGCGCUCGUUUCGAUGUUGGCGGGGUUGUCACAGCGAACAUCCGGUGAAGCUUUCAUAUAUGGCCUUCCAAUAAGCGAUGGAGGUUCAGAGCUGCGUUCUUUAGUGGGAUUCUGCCCUCAAGAAGACAUCAUCCUCGAUCUUCUCACUGUCCGUGAGCAGCUCAAGUACUUCGCCUCAAUCAAAGGACAAUCUCUUCACUUGGGAGAGGACGCUUUUGAUCAGAGCAAGGAGUCCAACAAAUCCACCGCAGAAAGAACAGAGGAUUUAUUGCAGGAGUUGCAUCUUCUAGAUCAGGCUGAGACACAGGCCAUGGAACUAACCGCUUCUGCAAAGCGCAGACUCAGUCUUGCAAUAGCUAUGAUAGGAGAUCCGCAGGUUGUCAUCAUGGAUCAACCUACAGCAAACAUGGAUGCAGAAUCCAGAAAGAUAUUCUGGGAUAUGGUGAAGAAACAUCAGAAGGGGCGAGUCUUUAUAUUCACAACAGAUUCUAUGGAAGAGGCGGAUAUGGUGGCUGAUCGUAAAGCAAUUUUAUCACAUGGUGUAUUGAAGUGCUGUGGGAGUUCCCUGUUCUUGCGAAACCGUUUUGGUUUGAGUUAUUUGCUUCAUAUCACGAAGGGAGAGACCUACAAUGCAGGAGCCAUAUUGAGGUUAAUCGAGUCGCACAUACCAAAUGUUACAGUAGUUCCCACUGCAAGAGGACAGGCGCACUCAACUUACAAGCUUCCGCUCGGAUUUCCUGCGGAGACCAGCUCAUUGAUGACACAGUUAACCACAAAUGCCGCGGAGCUUGGUAUAGAGGGAGGAGCUCUUGAAGCAACCACUCUGGAAGAAGUUUUCAUGCAGUUUCAUGAUGAAGAUGAGGAGGCGGCGGGAGCAGUUACUGUUCAUGAUGCAAGUUCUUUGCACACGUGGGGUGCUGAAUCAAGUGAAGAAAUGGAAGAAGAAGCUCUUCUUACAAGUAACGACUCUCAUGUUGGGGAUGACUCCAUGAGCAAGUUUAGAAAGCCGCAGUUGAGGGGACAAAUUGUUGCAAUGAUGCGAUCUCGGUUGGCUCUUUACAGACGCAACUUGGUCGCAGUUCUCGUUACUUUUGGAUUACCAGUGGUGAUAACGUUAGGAGUCCUCAUGGCGCAGACUCUCAUAGGUCAAUAUGACACCAUGAGAUUGCCUUUGGAGAAUUCAAAAUUCGGAAAUUCUGUGCCAGUACUUUACUCGGUGGCUAACAGCAGCGCCACUGUUGAAGCCGAGAAUUUGUUGAAUUAUCUGGGCCCAAAUAAUAGACUUCUAAACCAAUCAGCUCUUCUCAGUCGCUUUGACAUUGAUGGAAUCAGUCGAGGCGAUGGUGGCCUGGAUGCAAUCGGAAUCUCAUUUGAUCAAUUAGAUCUACAAAGUUGUACAGUGGAAUAUACUGUGUUCUAUCAGCCUUCUCAUAUUCACGAGCUUCCGACGGUGGUGGCAAUGGUGGAUAAUUCCUUGCUUCACUCUCUAAGGCUGAACAGACCUGCCAAUGAAAGCCUCUUUAACCCGGUUUCAGUUCAUGUGGAAAAUCAUCCGCUAUCGGUGGCAAGCUUGCGAAGUGCUGCUGAUUUUCUGGUUAUCAUGCUCAUGUCGAUCGGUCUACUAGUUGUUCCACCUGUACUUGGUGCUCAGGUGGUGGUUGACAAGCAGUUGGGACUUCUUAGUCUGUUUCGAGUGAGCGGCAUGAAAAGCUUUGCCUACUGGUUCGCGACGGUGGUGUCAGAUUUAAGUCUGUACUAUAUAUCUUCAUUCCUCGUUCUUGGUAUUGGGAUGGCUUUUGGGCACGUUCCGUUCUAUAAGGAUGCAAACCUGGCUAUCUUCUUCCUUUUUCUGACUACUAUGCCAGCUUUAGCAUUACUGAGUUACGUACUCAGCUUUUUCUUCCUCACUGCCCAAGGAGCUGCCUCUCUGCUUUAUAUAUAUUUCAUCCUCGCCGCUUUAAUGCCAUACUUCUGGAUACUUGUCGUUCCAGGAAACAAUAUCUCCUACAGCUGGCACUCAUUUUUGAAUGUGGUGGAUCCUCCAUAUGCGUUAAUAUCUGGACUGCACUUCAUUGUAAAUUCGAUUGUUGAGACGAAGGGUAUAAAUGAUCCAGCAAUGAACAGCUUUCCAAGAGUAUACACGUUUGAGUGGAACAAUUAUAUUUUACUGAGUAUCGGUGGGGCUGCCGUUGCCAUUGUACCUCUGCUUCUGUGCAUAUGGCAGUUAGAGAUUCAUGAGAUAGAACCGGAGGCAAAACCUAUGCAGCCACCAGCCGCAGAUCCUACUGCUGAAGGCACUGAAGAUAGUUUCCAAGAUGUUGAGAGCAUCAAUGAGCUAUAUCGCGAGAAGGAGCGCGUUCUAUCAAAUGUAGAGCGUUGGGAGGCUAUGGGUUUGAUGGGCGGAGAUAGCCCAGAAGGGGAUCUUAUUCUUUGCCAGAACCUGGGAAAGAAUUACGAUGGAAACCCUGGCUCAUGUUAUGGAAUAGGAGCAACUCCCGGAUUCUGGGCUAUACGUGAUCUGUGGCUGGCUGUGGGACGAGGGGAGAUUGUGGCAUUGGUUGGAGGGCAAAAGUCUGGAAAAUCAUCUCUGAUUCAUGCGCUCGCCGGGACAAUCCCAAUAUCUUUUGGAGAUGCCCUUAUUAAUGGUGAGAGCGUUCGACACGCUUAUCGCAACAAACAAAGGCUCAUUGGACUGUGUCCUCAAUAUGAGGCUGUUUACUACUCGAUGACUGUGAGGGAGCAUUUGGAGCUCUUCGCUGUUUUGAAGGGAGUACCUGAACCUCACAGCUUGGCUAUUGAGGCAACUCUUCAAUCUAUGCAACUCACUGAUGUUGCCAACGAUGUUGUUGGGAAAUGUAAUGUCGGGGUUCGUCGACGACUUAGUAUCGGAAUGGCAAUGAUUGGAGGCUCCUCUGUUUUGCUUCUGGAUGAACCUUCGGCCGGUACUGAUAUCGCUACCAAAAGGCGAGUCUGGAAACAUCUUGCAGCCCAAUCUGGCCAACGGGGGACGCUUAUAUGCACUCAGUCUUUUGAGGAAGCAGAAGCUCUCGGGGCAAGAGUUGGCAUUAUAAUAAACGGACAGCUCAAAUGUAUAGCUUCACCACAGGAGCUGAAGCUCCGCUAUGGUUCUUCUUACUCAUUGUCAGUUAUGGCCUCCUCCGAAAAUAUCCCUGAAAUCCGUGAGUUCAUAACGACUCUUUAUCCUUCUUCAGAGGACGUGGAGUUCGAAGCUACAACUACUAAUACGGUUGACAAUGCUGUUGAGCUUGUGGAGGGUAUUGGAAUCGGUGGACAUGCGAGGUUCCGAGUGCCAGUACAAGAUCUCUUUGGUCUUGUGAGGCUACUUAAUGAGCUGGAGUUGAAGCGAGAAGCACUUGGAAUCAGGGAUUAUGUGGUCAGUCAACCCACAUUGCGUCAGGUUUUCCAUCGACUAACACUUGGUGAUUCCUCAUUAUGAACAAAAGUGAAGUUCUAAGUUUUCUCUGUCAAACUUGCGGGUUUUCUGCACCCAACAUCAUAUGGGCACUACGAGUACACUGCUUAUCAGAGAUACCUUCACAGCAUUGCUGUUCCUUGCAGCAUCGUUUUGUUCUGUAAUUGCCGGUUCAUUUGCUCUCGGUCAUGCUAGGACACGCCUGGAUCAGGAAAAAUCAUUUCUGCAGAGAUAUGUUUUGAACUGCGAACAAGGAAUCUCGCCACAUGUCGGUCGAUGAGUGGCUUUACGUUGCUGCUUUUUCGUGCUGCAUCGUGAUUAUAUCAGAUUUGAUCAUCGCACCAGGGCAAAGUGAACUCUAACCGAGGAUCAGGAACUGCAGUCUUGUAGACAGAACCAAUCGCAUAGACUGUUUGCAUAAGACUUUAUCACUUUUAGGUAGAUGUGUAACUGUGGAUGAUUCAUCGCAACCCCCUUCCUCAAAUUGAGGAUGCAGGGAUUUUUUGCAACGAAGGGAGAUGUAAGUUGAGAUUUACGAUUCGCGGCUCAUCAAUAUGAAAAUUCAUCUUCACAACUUUGAGCC